GAACUUCCAAUUUCACAAAACUCAUCAUCCUUUGGAAUCAUAUAUUCCUAUCUCUUGCAUACAUCUCCAAUGAAUUGAUCAUCCAACCUUCUUAUCUUCAAACCGUCAGCCAAGGACGUUAAAAUAGUGCCCAUCUUCCUCUGCUACAUUGUCCAUUCCUGCCUAUAUAUACACUCUUUGGUAUAUUCCAAUAUUCUUACUUUUUUGGCCAAGCGUCCCCUUCAAGAAAAGUUCACCGUUUAUUGUGCGUUCGUUCGUUCACUCGCUCGUUCGCCAUGGCUACUACCGACAAUGCCGAGAAGAAGAUCGACGAACAUAACCGUGCUUCAGAUUCAUCCAACGUCGAAAAGGGUGAUAUCAUUCCGCGAAACGAAAAUGCUGCGACGAGACACGAAGAUCAAACAAUUGCCAUUCUCGAACUCGUAAAAGCUCAAGAUGAACACCACCCUAUGCAUUGGCCCGCCUUCAAACGAUGGGGCAUCGUGGUGAUUUACUGCAUGUUGCAGACAUUUGUUACUCUUACCAGUACAACUUAUGUAUCUGCUGAAUUCUUGAUCCAAGAAAAGUUUGGAGGAACUACUCAAGUCGUCACUCUGGGCCAGAGUAUGUUCAUUUUGGGAACAGCUGUUGGUCCUAUAUUCUUGGGUCCAUUAUCUGAUCUUGGUGGCCGCAAAUGGAUUUACGUUAUCAGCAUCGCAUUCUAUGCAGUCUUGAACUUUGGAACCGCAUAUGCUCUUAAUCUUCCUAUGCUUAUUAUCUUUAUGUUCCUUGCUGGCACGGCAGGUUCCACUGCUCUUUCUAAUGUAGCUGGUACAAUUGCGGACCUGUUUGGUGACAUUGAUGGUGCCGGACAAGCAAUGGCACUCUUCGUCAUGUCUGCAAACAUUGGUCCAUCUCUUGGAUCUCCCGUUGGAGAGUGGAUCGCGGACAAUGCGAAUAUGGGUCUCAAAUGGAUCUUCUUGAUUAACGUGAUUAUCGGAUUCGCAUUCUCUAUCGUGUUAUGUUUCAUCCCAGAAACACUACCAAGAUUGGUUAUCGCUAAAGCCGCCGCAAGGAGUGAAGCUGUCGAUGAGCAAGAAGCUGCCAUCUUGACAAGUAGACUCAAUGUUCUCCAUGAGAUGAAGUACAUCACAACCAUGACAUUCCGAAUCAUGUUCACGGAGCCGGUCGUUAUAUUCCUCGGGUUGUACAAUGGUUUCGCCUACGGCAUUCUCUUCUUAUACCUCGACGGUGUAUUUGAUGUUUUCGUUGUCAACAAUGGUCUCUCUUACAUCGGUGCCGAUCUUACAUAUCUUAAUUUCGUUGUCGGAGUAGUUGUCAUGUUUCUCUUCGUUCCGGUUCAAACUUGGUUCUACGCGAGAGAUCGUAAGAAGCAUGGUAUUAAUCGUCCCGAAGCUAGAUUCAUCACUUCUUUGGUUACCGUUUGGCUUUUCCCAAUCACGCUUCUUUGGUUCGCAUUCACAUCUGAUGGAAGCGUAUCUUACUGGUCACCAGUUGUAGCAGGCGGUGUUCUUGGUUUCGCAGAUCCAUUAUUGUGGCUUAGUAUGCUUAAUUACAUUACUGACUCUUAUCCCAACGUCGCCGGUGCAGCAAUCGCAGCUUUCCUCAUUCCAUCUUUUGCUCUCGCAGCAGGUCUCGCCCAUCUCGGUGUCCUCAUGUUCGACAACAUGUCUACGAAAUGGGCAAUGGGUACUAUUGGAUUCAUUAGUAUCGGUCUUUGUGCUUUGAUUUAUUUCAUCUAUUUCUUUGGUGCAAAGAUCAGAGCGAGAUCGACUCUUGCGAGAAAAUAUUAAAUGGGAUGGAUAGAAAUGAAGGAUGAAAUGUAACAGUAUGGCCGAGAUUGGAUAGUGUGUAUGAGAUUUGUAUUACAUUGCAUUGGGUUGCGCUGGAUUGGGAUGGGAUAAAAGCUCUUGAGCAGCGGAUGGAUAUUUUGGUAUCUGGAAUUCUGGAUUGGUUGCGAAUGUUAUCAUUCACGAUAUGUUUACGCAUACAUGAAAGACGAAUUUGUAUGUUAUGUUAUGAACUGGGUGGGAGAUUUUUGAUUCCUUUUUUUUAUUCAUACAUUUAAUACCCUGUUGUAUAACUAGCGCGAACUUGUCGAUAAUCGAAUUACGAAACACAUAGAGUAGAUAUAGAAAUCAAAUCAUUCCUAAUUUUCUUCUCCA